CUCUCUCUCUCUCUCCAACCCAAGAAAUCUGAUUCUUCAAAAUAUGUAGUUAGUAAAGGGUUCAAAGAUUACAUCUCCUUUUCUACAACUAAGUACAACAACAUUAAUACUUUUUUUUGAGAAAUCUGAGCUGUUCUUUGUUUCAGACCAAGUAGAAAAACCAGAGCCACUUAGAGGAGGUUUAAGAAAAAUAAUUAGAAGCAGAAGAACAAGAGCAAUAAAUAUUAGGAGGAAGAAUUAAAAGGGAAAAAGAGACGAAGGAGAAGUUUGGAGAGAUGGGUCCAUCGAUUCUUCACUGUCUUUUCUUCCUCCUCUUGGGUGUACUACUCUGUUCAGGAUCAAGUGUUACAGAGAAGUUUCCAAUUGGCACAGCUAAGCGCAUCAACGAAUUAGAUCACAGAGAUAAGUCAUUAAUCUCUGUUUCGAGGUCCACCACCCAACUGGAUGUUACUACUCCAAUAACAACAGUUCCAGUGAUCAAUCCUACAACCCCAACAACAACAACCCCAACGCCAACAACGCCAACCCCCGUGGCAAAUCCGGCUGCAACACCAUCAACUCCAGUCAUUACAAGUCCAUAUACCACUCCGACCACAGCAUCUCCUGCAUCAUCAGGUGGAAGCUGGUGCAUUGCCAGCCAAUCUGCAUCACAGACUGCUUUACAGGUUGCUCUAGACUAUGCAUGUGGGUAUGGUGGUGCAGAUUGUUCAGCCAUUCAGCCAGGUGCAAGCUGUUACGACCCGAAUACAGUUCGAGAUCAUGCAUCUUAUGCAUUCAAUGACUACUACCAGAAGAACCCAAUUCCCACCAGUUGUAACUUUGGAGGAACUGCUGUUAUUACCAACAUCGAUCCAAGUACUCCAACAUGUAAGUAUCCAUCAACUAGCACACAUGCUUCGGUUAUAAACACAACCAAUCCAACUGGAUCUGGAUCAACAGUUUAUGGAUCAGAACCUUCUGCAUCACUCAACUCAAGAGCUUCUGUGUUGCAUAGCUUGCAAAUUCUCUUCACCUCCACAUGCCUCUUAGUGUCAUUUCUUUCUGUAAAUCAUCUUUAGAGCAGAUGGAAGCCAUACUUAGUUCUUCAUUUCGCGGCUACAAGGUGAUUCACUUAAUUGCUUUACUCGAUUCUGCAUCGUUAGAGUAUAAAGGAGGCAUUGCAGAUUGAUUAUGGGAGAUAUAUCUUUUGGCUUUAGUCCUCACAAUCAGGUCAGUCCUGAAUUGAUCUAUGAAUGCCUUUUGAUCAGUGCAGAACUUGGAGAAGAUACAGAAAGAGCAAUGCAAUCUGUGGAUCUGAUGAUUUCUUGUACUUGUAGAGAAGAGCAUAGGAAUAGGUUGUUACUUGGUUCCCUUUCUUUGUAGUAUCAAAGGCAAUAAAUUCUCAAACAAGUGCAUAUGCCUUUUGGGCUGCUUUUGUUGUGUUUA